CAACAGUGAUAAUCGCCCAUAUAAACAGUAUAAAAGAGAUAUCUCGAUUUAAUCUUCAAGAAGUCGCAACAGUUCUAGCACGGUGUAUACAACUGGAGAAAUAUUCGGGUGAUAUUGCGCGACGAUUGGCCGGCCUGGCUAGUAAACGUCAGUAAACGCCAGUAAUGUACCGUCAUGGCGACGCUGCCGCCACGGAAAAAUCCGACUCCUACAAAAAUUUCGAAACAGCACUUGACACCUCUGCAAACACUCCUGCAGCUGGGUUUCCCGAAACACCGAGCAGAGAAGGCGUUAGCUGCGACAGGACACCGUGGUGUGCAGUUAGCAUCGGACUGGCUACUUGCUCAUGUACGUGACCCAACUUUAGACUCUGACACACAACGGCAAUAUGUCCUAUAUGCUUGUCCCAUUGGACCAUUGGCCAAGCAGCUAGAAUUGUUUUGGUCAGAAAGUAAAGAACUGGGAUGGAAUGGUGCUCACAACUUUAUACCACACAUUACCCUUGUCUCUUUCUUCAAAGCUUCUGACGAAUUGACAGAAGAGUUAGCAAACAUUCUGGAGGAUGUGGUAUAUCAGGACAGAUUACACGAACACAUUGAGCUAGAGACAUAUGUGUCGCCUAAUUUUAUGGGCUUCUUUGUGAAGGACAUCAAUGCAGAAUGGUUGAAGAACAUUGCCAUUCGCUAUGUUAAUAAAGUUGCUCCACUAGGUAUCAUUGCCGAACCGCAAGUAACGCCUCUGCAUCUCACGCUGGCUUACCAAUUCCCCAGCAACUUAUUUCAGUCCCUCAGCUCAGCGGUCGAAAAAUUAGGACCAAACACGCCGGCCAACUGGGAGCUCCGAUUGUACUCGAGAGACUUGAGGCUACAGAAUUUACACGUGCAUAAAGUGACGCACGCCCACGUUCCCCGGGAACACGACGAAUUAGAAUUAAGAGUCGGAGAUUACAUUUACGUUCCAGAAGGUGCGUGUAACGCAUCCACGGAUGGUUGGGUGGAGGGUAUCUCCUGGUUGACUGGCAUCUCGGGCUACUUGCCGUUGAAUCAUACAAAGAGAACCGCCGAGUCGGACUCGUGGACGUUGCACACCACCGUAAUGAUCACCGACAAUAAGCGAUGCGAGAGCGCAGAGGAGGAAGAAGUGCCGAGGAUUAGGAGACCUCCUCCGGUUCUGUCUCCGAAUGAGUCUAUCGAUACCACCGACGGCAUCCCCGCAGCUGAGCAGCUGUUACUAGCGUCGGAGGUGCCUCUGAUAUCGUCGAGGGAGAUCUUUAUAUGUCGACAUGGCGAAAGAGUGGACUUCACCUUCGGCUCGUGGAUCCCGUACUGCUUCGAGUCGGACGGCUGCUACGUACGCCGCGACUUGAACAUGCCCAAGGAGAUACCGUCCAGGAAUAUCCAGGACUUCCAGAAUGACUGUCCCUUGACCACCGUGGGCGAGGUGCAAGCGAGCCUGGUAGGCGAAGCUAUGAAAUCCGCCAACAUUAAGAUAGACGUGGCCUUCGCGUCGCCGUCGUUGCGUUGCAUUCAAACACUCGCUCACAUUCUCAAGGGCUUGAAGUCUGACGUUCCCAUUAAAGUGGAACCAGGCCUCAUAGAAUGGUUGGCGUGGUAUCCGAAUGGUAUACCUGUUUGGAUGACUUCCGAGGAGCUGAUCAAAGCUGGUUUCAACGUGGACGCCGAUUAUGAUCCGAUCGUGAAGGCUAACGAGCUUCCGCUGAAAGAGAACGCUGCGCAGUAUUAUGAACGAAGUUACGACUUGAUCAAGAAGAUUAUAGAUUAUACGGAUGGUAAUAUUUUAAUAGUAGCACACGCCGCUUCUCUGGCAGCCUGCACCAGACAAUUGACCGGUGGUAGGAUACCUCCGGCGGCUGAAGUCACUAGAUUAGUUCAGAGAGUACCUUACCUUGCGUGCUUAACCGCGCGUCAAGGUCUUGAUGGCUGGCAGCUGCAUCCUCCUCCUUUCCCACCAAUCACCCACACCAGUAACAGCAGAUUCGACUGGAAGGUUCUCACAUCGUGAACGAUGCUACGAGUCUUUCCUCCCUUUUCUUUUAAGAAGAAAUGUCACAUACAGCCUAUAUUUAUGAAGACUGUUAUAAUGGGCGAUGAAUUUUUAUGCAGGGCUUUAUUCGAUGUCAAUGACAUUGAAAACUACAGUAUUCAACGAAUUAUACAAAGAGAAAGGAAAUAAGAGAUUUUCUGAAAUACUAUACUUGACAUACGAAAUAUAAUAAUAAUAAUAAUAGAGCUAGUCGAUCGACCGAUCGUUAAAACAGUGUUUACUUCCUCAGAGAAUGAUCGAUACGGGUAUUCAGAGAUAUAAUUAUUCCAUAAUUAUGGAUAUAGAACAGAUACUAGCCAAAAUGUUAUUAUUGGUACAUUAUAUAUAUAAACGUACACACAUAUAUAAUGUACUAAUCUGCUAAAUAUUUAAUAUAUAUAGACAAUGUACUAGUCUUAAUUGGCGACAUUUCUUUGCCGAAUUUUGCCGAGGCACUAAAGAAGAAGUCAUUAGAAAAUGGUAUUUAAUAUUUUUUAAUAUACUAUUUUCUGAUUAAUAUUCAUAUAUUUGCAUACAUACACACGCAUAUAUAUAAAAUUAUAUAUUUAUAUUAAAUUUAUGACACGAAAAAUGAAUACACAUGUGCACAUUAUAACAUGCAUAACUCUGUAUCCACAGAAAAACAUUCUGUGUAAUCUUUAUAUAAUCAAGUUCCCUAAAAAUCUUUAGAGAUAUGUGUCAAUUAAAUAUAUGAUGUUGAAUCAAAUUUAAUACCGUCUGCACGCAGCAUAGUAAAUUAUAAUAUGCAGAGUAAAAAGAUAUAUAUAUAUAUAUG